CUUUGUGAGCGCUGUGCAGAAACAAAAAUCAGGAUGGUAUUUGUUUUAAUUAGGCUAUACUGUUCCCGUUAAAUUCUCGGGAUCAUAGUUAAUUAAGCUUUCACAGUUUUUCAUUCGUCAUUUAGUGUCUCUUUUUAAAAUCCAACGACUUAUUAUACAACGUUUGAAGAGCCUUACAAACUUUGAUGAGCUAUAGGAUGAAGCUUUUUUGGAUGGGAUUGGUUGUGCUAAUUUGUACAAGAAGGAUGACCUUUUUUUUGCUUUUGAGUUUUCUAUGGAACGUGUUAUUUUCUUGCAAUUCCAACCCGGACAUGAGCCUGCAAUGUCAAAUGAUACCCAAUAGUAUGCCUGUGCUGGAGAAAAAGGGGGACAUUAUCUUGGGGGGGCUCUUCUCCCUUCAUGACAUGGUGGAGGAGCAAAGGCUGCCUUUUACCUCCCAGCCUCAUCGAAUUAAAUGCACCAGGUUUAAUUUCAGAACUUUCCGUUGGAUGCAAACUAUGAUCUUUGCAAUUGAAGAGAUCAACAAUGAGGGGAAACUUCUUCCUAACAUCACAAUCGGAUAUAAGAUCUAUGAUUCGUGCAGUACACCACAUAAGGCAUUGAAGGCGGCUAUGGAGUUAAUGGGGAGUGAGGAGGGCUCAGAGGUUGAACAAAAGACUCAAAAUUACAGCGCUUGUAAUGGAAGUGUGCCAGUGGUGAUAGGAGAUGGGGGCUCCACUCAGUCUCUCGUUGUGGCUCGUUUCCUGGGAGUCUUCAUUGUGCCACAAAUCAGCUAUUUCUCCAGCUGUGCCUGUCUAAGUGACAAAAAUGAGUUUCCUGCCUUUUUAAGGACCAUGCCAAGUGACUUUUUCCAGGUAGAUGCUUUGGUUCAACUCGUUAAGCAUUUUGGCUGGACGUGGGUUGGUUUGAUUGCAGGUGAUGAUGCCUAUGGUCGUGAUGGAGCAAACAUCUUUGUUAAUAAGGUCACAAAGUUGGGUGUUUGUGUUGCAUUUUAUGAAAUUAUCCCUAAGAACAGUCAGCAGACAGAAAUUUUAUCCAUCAUUUCCACCAUCCGCUUGUCUGGGGCAAAUGUGAUUCUUGUAUUUGCUGUGGAACAAGAUGCAGCAGCAUUAUUUGAUGAGGUACAAAGAAGUGGUCUUACUGGGAUACAGUGGCUAGCCAGUGAAGCUUGGAGCACAGCAGCUGUGCUUUCCACCCCUAAAAAGUACCACCACAUCCUCCAAGGUACAGUUGGCUUUGCCAUUCAGCAUGCAAAAAUUCCUGGAUUGCAAGAUUUUCUGCUUCGUUUGAAUCCGUCAAGAUUGGAUGCCCACAAAGAUCCCUUCCUUGUGUCCUUCUGGGAAGAGGUGUUUCAGUGCAGCCUGAGUGUACAAACUGAAAGUCAGGAACAUGAAGCAGAGAUUAAGCCUCCAUGCUCUGGAAAAGAAGACCUCAGGAGCGUGACAAACAUCUAUUCAGAUGUGUCACAGCUAAGAAUUUCCUAUAAUGUCUAUAAAGCAGUGUAUGCUUCUGCUUAUGCUCUAAAGGCUAUGAAAAGCUGUGUGGAAGGAAAAGGACCUUUUCUUCAGAAGUCCUGUGCAGAUCAAGACAUCAUUCGACCUUGGCAGUUACUUCAUUACCUUAAGCAAGUGCGUUAUUCAAAUUCAUUUGCAAAUGAAAUUACAUUUGAUGAGAAUGGCGACCCUGCGGCCUUGUAUGAUCUGGUUAACUGGCAGAUGAACACUAAUGGAGAAAUUGAGUUCAUCAACAUUGGCAAAUUUGAUGGUACAACCACAGUUGUUGAACAAAAACUUCACAUCCAUGAAGAAAUAAUUUUGUGGAAUGGCAACAAAACCAGGGUUCCCUUGUCAAUAUGCGGCACUAUUUGUCCUCCUGGCACACGAAAGGCAAUGAGACCUAACUUUCCAGUCUGCUGUUAUGACUGUGUGGCAUGUACACCUGGGGAGAUCAGCAAUUACUCUGAUGCCAUCGAGUGUAAGCAGUGCCCACCAGAGUUUUGGUCCAAUGCUGAUAGGACCACAUGCAUCCCCAAACGGGUGGAGUUCCUCUCUUUUAGAGACACCAUGGGCAUCACCCUAGUUGUUAUUUCUAUAAUUGGCACACUCAGCACCUGUAUUGUGGUCCUUAUAUUUUACUGCCACAGAACCACACCCAUUGUCAGAGCUAACAACUCUGAGCUGAGCUUCCUGCUGCUCUUCUCCUUGACUCUAUGCUUCUUGUGUUCUCUUACCUUUAUUGGCCAGCCAUCCAAGUGGUCCUGCAUGCUGCGACACACAGCAUUUGGGAUAAGCUUUGUUCUUUGUAUCUCCUGCAUCCUGGGAAAAACAAUAGUUGUACUAAUAGCCUUCAAAGCAACACUUCCAGGCAGCAAUAUUAUUAAAUGGUUUGGACCUGCACAGCAAAAGGCCAUCAUCACUAUUUGUACUCUUACCCAGGUCAUCAUUUGUACAGUGUGGCUGCUUGUUGCUCCCCCCACUCCACGGCAACUGAUACCACAUGAGAAAGCCUUUGUCAUUCUAUUAUGUGAUGAAGGCUCAUACAUUGCAUUUGCUUUGGUUCUGAGCUACAUUGGACUACUGGCAUUCAUUUGUCUCUUCUUGGCCUUUCUGGCCAGGAAACUUCCCAACAGCUUCAAUGAGGCCAGACUCAUCACUUUCAGUAUGUUGAUUUUUUGCACCGUGUGGAUAGCAUUUAUUCCUGCCUACAUAAGCUCUCCGGGGAAGUAUGCAACAGUCACAGAAGUGUUUGCAAUCCUAGCCUCCAGUUAUGGAUUGUUGGGUUGCAUCUUUGCCCCAAAGUGUUACAUGAUCCUACUCAGGCCAAAAAAGAACACAAGGAAACACCUGAUGUCCAAAGCUCCCUCCGGCAAAUUUUAGGUUUUAAACGUCUUGGUUUCCGUCAAAGCACUGAAUAUAAGUGAAAAAGAAAGUGGUUGUAGAGACAUUUUACCACCAGAUGGUAGCAGUGAGCUAUUAAAACUAAUUUAUUCUGUGGAUUUUAAAAACAAGAGGAAUUUCCUCCGGUACUCCUGCCUUACUCCACCACCAACCACACUAAGAACCUGCAAGACUUCAGAAAUCAGUCUCAUACAAAUUAAAGAAGAUGAACCUCCACCAAAAUAAGUCAAAAAAUGAAAGACAUCACAGAGCUGAUUCUUACUGGGAUUUGGAAGCAGUCUCUAUGCUUUUUUCACAGAACAGAGAAUGAUGAGACCCAAAAUGUUGGAGGUACACAAUGGAGAAAUCCCAGCUUCCCCUGGUUAAUUGAAUCAUCAUCCUCCAGAGGCGUUAACAUGCAAACAUCACGCCUGGCUGUUCCAUACAUUAACAAACCAAAUUCUGUGACAUUUUCCUGCUUUCCCCAGCUGCAUUAAUACUGACAAUGGUUAUCCUAGACUGAUGGAUUGUUGGCGUUUGUGUAUCACUAGUGUCCAAGGAAUAGGCAGGAGGAAAGUGGGAAAAGCUUUCUUAAUUGACAAUCAUUCAUUUGAAACCUUAACUUAGUGGAACUUGUGCAUCUUUAUUUAUUUUCUUCUUGUGAAAACAUAACAGCUAUGGAGCAGUAGAUGGAUUUGUGUUUGUGGUCCAAAGUGUGCAACAAUUAGAAAUGUCAAUUAACACUAUUAAGAUAUAUUUGUUUGCUUUAUUCUCAAAAACUAGAAUAGAUAUAUUUAGAAACUAGAAUAGAUAGAUUUCUUCAAAGAAAUGAAAGGAUUGUGAAAUUACGGACACAGAAAAUACAUACA